GUUGUCCCCACUUCAUCGUGCUUCCUCGUGUCCGGUUCCAGGAAAACACGAGAAGUAAUCAAUCUCAAAGGGUCAAAAGAUGGCAUCGGUUUGCAGAUCAGCGGUAAUGAGUGGUUCCAGAAAUUUAGUAUCAAGAUACAGAACUGUUACUCAACAGUGCCUAAAUCUUAAACCCACAACGACGACGACUUCAUCUCAUUUUGUUUCAGUCUCCCAAUCCAUUCCUCGCGCUUCAAGGGUUCUGUCGGCUUUGGGAAGCGUUGAAACAAUGAUACCGCUUCACAGUGCGGUUGCUUCAGCUCGGCUCCGUUCAAGCAUCGCUGCUGAUUCCUCCUGCUGGAGCUGCCUUUCCCACGAGCUGGGAGUUCCUCGGUGACACCAAGCGUCAAUGGGAUAUAUAUUGUACUGCUUAAGACUCUACUUGAUGUUACCAGUUAUUGGACCUAUUUCAAGGUUUACGGCCAUACUAUUUUUUUUUUGUUUCCCAAUUCGUUUUGUGCUUAAUGCGAUAGCCAAUAUGACUGACUUGUUGGAGCAGGGGAGAUGGAUAAUAAAUAUCUCAGAAG